AUGACUAAAGAAAAAAAGUUACGAAUUUGUUUGUCCAGUUGUUCUUUUCUGAAAUGGUCUUUAAUGUGGCCGACUAAAAACGAAGAGUUUAAAACAUCGAAAGGACUUUACAUUAGAUUAAUUGUUUUUGUAAUAAUCUCAGGUUUCACUUUUACUGCGAUGACUGCAAUGCAUCUUGUUAAGUCUGUGGAAGUCAAUGAUUAUAACAUUAGUGAAGAUUUAGCAAUUUUGGCUUCUAACAUUGGAUACAUACUAAUGAUGUUGCUGUAUGUCAUCCGACAAAAAGAUUUAGAAUCCCUUCUACUCGAUCUGAGCAAUUUCAAAAAAUACAACAAACCGCCGAAAUUUGACGAAGUUAAUAGAAAACUAGAUUGGUGUGCAAAAAUGAUUUUCGGCUAUACUUUUCUCGGAUCAGUGUUUUACAACGGUGUUAAAAUUUUGACAAUACCUUCUUGUAAAAAACUGAGGAAAAUAAACGAAGUUUGCGGAGUCGCGAUACCUUAUUGGGUAUGGUUCAAUACUGAAAAUUGGUCAAUUAAAUUACCCGUUAUCGCAUACACAUUCCUUGUGAUUAUUAUCCUCGUUAAAGUCGCGUUGUUGGUGUCUCUUCAGGUUCUGGAAAUCGCCUGCAAUAUUAAAUUGCGUUUAGAUCAGUUAAAUUGCAUGAUUGUGAAUUGUUUUGACGGUGAUGUUGAAUCAAAUCGAAGAAGACUAAACGAAUGUAUUAAAUAUCACAAGGAAAUCAUUGGCUACAGUCAGAGAUUUAAUAAAUGUUUUUCUAGUGGAAUGUUUAUUCAUCUUGCAAUGACUGCAAUUAUUUGUGGAUGUUUGGCAACUCAAAUUGUUAAAGAAUACCAACCUGAAGCUAUUGUACAUAUAGGUGGAUGGACUAUUGCCAUUUUUAUUUCAUCUUUCGGAGGACAGAUUUUAAUGGAUUCGAGUGUAUCUGUAGCUGACGCAGCCUACAGUUCUGCUUGGUUCGAAGGAGAUGUUCGUUUGAGAAAAGAUUUGAUUCUUGUCAUACGAAGAGCACAGAAGGCUUUUUAUGUCUCAACAGGGGCUUUCAACGUUCUCUCUUUUGGAUUGUUUUUUUCUGUCAUGAAAAUGUCGUAUUCAAUUUUUACACUUCUGAAAUAAUAAUUACUUCUUUAUCUGGAAAACAUUUAAAGCAACAGGAUUAUGAUUUCUUACACAAUAGUAUACCACAUAUUUAUGUACCUAUUAUGCAUCUACUUU